UGUCAGUCAAUUCAUCAUCAUAAAAAUACUAACUAGGUGAUUGAUUUAUUCUAUUCAUAAAAGUGUCACUAUUUCUUCUAAAUAAUCUUACCGAAAUGUGAAAUAAUAGUUAGAAUAAAGUUAAAUUACUGAAAUAUUUAGUAGGUUUAAGAUAUUCCAGUAUUUAGGCAAACAUAACCUCAAAGAUUGUGUUGUAACAUUUUUUGAUUUGUUGUGUUUACCAUGGCUGUACAACUUUCGCGGCGUGAAGUUGAUGAGCUGAAGUCCACUUUGGACGGCGCUAUAUACAGGACACUCGGCAAAUCCGACAGUUCUGUGCUUUCGACAAUAUCGUCAUGUUUGACCAAUGGUUACGAAAGACGAAAAAUUAUAGACAAAUUAUCAUCAUACAUUGAUUCCAAGAAGGCAAGCAAACUAGCGGACAAGGUCAUUGCAAUAGCUCAAGAGCUGGUGUCAUCAUCAAAAUCCCAUAAACGGAAACAUGACCGGGAGUCCGAUAGAGACAAAGAAUAUAGAGACUCAAAGAAAUCUAGACAUAGCGAUAGAGACUCGUCAAAAGAUAAUCACGAUGAGGAUAAAAAGGAGAAGAAAGAUGACAAGGAAAAGAAAAUUGGUAAUGGAGUUGAAGCACUACCGCUGCCCGCAGUCAUACCGGAGAGUGAGACAGUCGGCUCCAAGAUUGCUGUGCUCAGUGCCGAUAGGAUAAAGCUGAUGAUGGCGAACGCUCAGAAGGAGAUAGAGGAACGGAAGCGAGCGUUGACAGCGAUGAAGGAACCGAAACCUGGAGUCAACGCGGCGGCGGCGGCCGCCCAGCACCUCAAGGUGCAGGUGCAGCAGAACAAUGCUAUCCCUCCGCCUAGCGUCAUCAAGCCAGUGCUCUACUCCAGGCCUGCCGCCGGGCCGGUCACAGCUGAAGAGCUGGAGAAACAGCGCAAGAUAGCGGAGCUGCAGGCGCGGAUCCAGCGCAAGCUGUCGGGGGGGGCGCUGGCGGCGGCGGGCGGGCCGGCGCCCCUCAUCCUGGACAGGGAGGGGCGCACCGUGGACACCGCGGGCAAGAGGGUGCACUUGACGCAUGUGGCACCCACCCUUAAGGCGAACAUCAGAGCGAAGCGCCGCGAGGAGUUCCGCGCGCAGCUGUCGGGCGCGGCCUGGGCGGAGCCCGCGCCGCAGCCCUGGCUCGACCCGCGGCUCAACGUCAAGCCCGCGCUCCGGACCAAGCGCGCCUUGAGGUUCCACGAACCGGGGAAGUUCACUCAGGUGGCCGAGCGCCUCAGAAUGAAGGCGCAACUGGAAAAGUUGCAGAAUGAAAUAUCGCAAAUAGCACGUAAGACUGGUAUAUCUUCGGCGACUAAGCUGGCGCUGCUGGCCGCCGACGCGCCGGAGAGCGACCACGUGCCCGACAUCGAAUGGUGGGACAGCGUGAUCCUGAUGACGCCUGAAGAGCGCGCGACGAAGCGCAAAACGGAUGCACAGACAGACGCACAGACAGACACGCAGACGGACACACAGACAGACGCGCGGACAAACACACAGCGGGUGGACGCGUGCAACACCGGUGAAGACGACAUUGUGGAUAACCUCAAUGAAGUCGCUAUAACAAAUUUGGUCGAACAUCCUCAACAACUCAGACCGCCCACGGAGCCCCUAAAGCCUACUUACAUGCCCGUGUUCCUCACUAAGAAGGAGCGCAAGAAGCUCCGCCGCCAGAGCCGGCGCGAGGCCUGGAAGGAGGAGCAGGAGAAGGUGCGCCUCGGGCUCGAGGCACCGCCGGAGCCUAAACUCAGGAUAUCGAAUCUUAUGCGCGCGCUGGGCACAGAAGCUGUGCAAGACCCUACGGCGAUCGAGGCGAAGGUCCGGGAACAGAUUGCAAAGCGACAGAAGACCCAUCUCGAAGCGAACAAGGCCCGGGCGCUUACCAAGGAACAGAAGAGGGAAAAGGUCGAUCGCAAAUUACGAGAAGACACAACGAUGGGUGUUCACGUAGCUGUGUACAGAGUGAAAGAUCUGUUUGAGUGCGCGUCAGCUAAGUUCAAAGUGGAAGUGAACGCUCAACAACUUCACAUGACGGGGUGCGUGGUGCUGCACAGAGGGUGCUGCGUCAUCGUGGCAGAGGGCGGGCCCAAGCAGCAGGCCAAGUAUAAACGGUUGAUGCUUCACCGCAUCAAGUGGGAGGAGGACACGGUGAAGGACGCCGAGGGCGCCGCCGUACCCAACAGCUGCCAGCUGGUCUGGGAGGGCGUCACGAAGCAGCGCAACUUCGGAGAAAUCAAGUUCAAGGUCCUGCCGACGGAGAAGCAGGCACGUGAAUUGUUCCAGAAACACGGCGUGGAACACUAUUGGGAUCUAGCGUACAGUGGCGCUGUGCUCGGCUCGGGAUUGGACGAAGUCUAGGCCUCGAUCGCACGGGCGUAAAAUAACUGUCGACGUUGGCGUGUUUUUAUCGCUUUCGACAAUGAUAUUCGACAUUCAGCCUACCGUCCAAUGUUGGCUCAGGACUGGACGAAGACAAAAUCUCGAUCGCCGUAAAAAAAACUUCGAUGUCGGCGCUUUUUUAUCGCGUUCGACUUGCAACGCAUAGCGCUCAAAAAGCUGUAAAACUUGUUCGCGAUAGAGAAGCGUUUCUGUGUGAACGGAUACUCAUAUGUGGCCGUCCAAAUAAAAAGGGACCUUAUGGCGGCUGGCACUCAGAGCUUUAUUGCCGUUGUUCCAAUACAACACAACGGCAAUAAUGGCGUAAGUGUCGGGCGCCGUAAGGUCCCUUUUGUUCUGGACGGCCACAUAUAAUGAAUAUGUUGUAUUACAAAGAAUUUAUAAUGCGUGUUGGAAAUACGCUAGUGUGAAUGAAGAGUAAAGUCAUACCCGACUAAUACAGCACCGCAUCCAAUCGAAAAAACGUUGAAAAAUCAGCUUUAAAGAGUCCUCUUAAGACAUAUUUUACAUUGACAAGACGUGCGCUGACAGCGAACGAUCCGCCGAUUUGUAGGCAAUGUAAAGUAUGCCUACAGGGGGCGCUUUAAGGCUCAUUUUUCAAUGAACGUAAUUGAGCGUUGUAGAAGCGGUGUCGUCCAAAUCUGUUACGACCUCAAAAUCUGUAAUUACCCAAAUAAAUGUGUAAAAAAUAA